AUGCGUAUUCACGAACAUAUCGAAGAUGCAUCUUCUCUUUUACAUCAAACUUUAGUACCAUACUACGGACCAGAUUUACCACAUCCAUCAGCAUAUUUAAUAUUCGAUGGUGAAACUGCUGAAUUACUCGAUGACCAAAUUGCACGUCUACUAGCAUCGUACUCUGUUGAUAUCAACCAUGGUUUCGUACCUUUUCCAGAUCCAUUGGAUCAGUUACCGCUUUCAAGUAAAUUUGGAUGUUGGGAGGUCAUUAUGAAGGAUUUAUCGGGAUAUUUACAUGCUAGAAAUGUUCGCUCAACAAUUCUUUCCCGGUUAGAAGUCAUUCCCAUUGAACAAGGUGAUUUACUCGACGAACGCGAAUUACAACGUGCUUUACUCGUUCUUGCUAUGUUAAGCCAUGCCUUUGUCUGGGGUGAACAACCAGUUAGUACGUACAUACCUGCAUGUCUAGCUGUUCCGUGGGUGGAAGUAACAAGAAAAGCCUGCCGACUACCUAUGCUGACACAUUCGUUAAUGGUAUUAUCCAACUGGAAACGAUUUGACGUGAAUAAACCGAUUGAAUUAGGAAAUAUUGCGUUGUUAAAUGGUUUUCUAUCUGGAACAGACGAAGCAAAUUUUUAUUUAGUUACCAUUGAAUUAGAAGAUCGCGGCGGCAAAGCUCUAAAACAUAUGUUAAAAGCGCAAUACUUUGCCGGCAAAGAAAACGAGCAAGACGUUACGAAUGAAUUGAAAGCAAUUGAAAAUAUUCAAAAAUCGAUGCUUAAUACUUUAUCGAAAAUGUUUGAUCGCGUCGAUCCGUACAUUUUCUAUCAUCGAGUACGACAUUUUCUUAGCGGCUGGAAAGGAAAUUCAUCAUUACCAGAUGGAAUUGUAUACGAAGGUGUGAGUGAAACGCGGCAGUUUCUACAUGGUGCAUCGGCUGCUCAGUCUUGCUUAAUCGCAGCUUUUGACGUUUUCUUCAAUGUUCAACACGUUAGUGAUCAAACCCGUGAUUUCAUCGAUGAAAUGCGUCUUUACAUGCCAUUCAAACAUCGUCAGUUCCUUCAUAUGUUAGGUGAGCAUGCGCAUUACCUCAAUGACUUUGUCCAGAAAUCAACGUCAAAAGAACUUCGUCAGGCGCACAACGCUUGUAUUGAUCAAUUAGUCGAAUUUCGAAACAAACAUAUUCAAAUAGUGACAGUAUUUAUAUUGGCACAAAUGCGGAAGAGCGAUGAUGAGACAUCGUCAUCAGCUCGUGGCACAGGUGGUACAGUACUGAUGCCGUUUUUAAAAACAAGUCGUGAUGAGACCAAAAUAAAACGAGAAAAAUUUUAG